AUGAACCGGGCCCUCAGCUUGUGGGUGGAUUGGGGUGGGAAGAAGCUUGGGGAGAGGACUGAUGCCAGCCCGGCUUCUCACAGGGAGGUGGAAACACAUGGCCAUGCCAUUAGCAUCCUGUUCCGCUUCUGGACCAGUUACAUCUGUGACACCUACAUAGUCCUCACUUGGAACAACAGGACAAAAAGUGGCCCUGGUGCUAGCUCCUCUUCUAAUGAACCACAAGCUGGAAUACAGCAGAACAGAAGGCAAGGCCGUACAAAAGAGGACCAGAGUCAGGUGCCAGAAGCAGGUGACAUCUAG